AUGCCGCUGGAUCGCAUUCUGCGGGUGCUCAAGGCCUUCGUGCUCGCAAGAUUUCGUAGCGCGGACUUGUUGAAUCGAAUAGGCUCUGAGCUCGCCAGGGAGGUGAAAAGUGCCUCCUCGACACGGCUUUGCCAAGUCUUUCACUGGAUCGCAAGGGCCGGGCUACGAGAUCAAUCGUUGAUGUGCCUCAUGGGCAACGAGGCACUAUUCCGCCUGUCAGAUGACUUCGUCCUGGACAUGUAUGUCGAAGUGAUGAACGUGCAUGCUAGGCUUGACGUUCGCAAUCCAAGACUGGUUGGUGCAAUUCUGCGGGAAAUGGCUCCCUUCUUUAGAGAGCUGAGCAAAGAUCAGUGCACGGCUGUGAUCCCGCUGACAGUGAUGUCCGUCUUCUCCGAUGAGGCUCGUGUGGCAUACCUCUCGCGAUGUGCCGAGCUCAACAUGGGGCUACCAGUUCGUAUGACGAAGCCAGAUGUUCUCAGACAGUUUCGGCUGUUGGAGGAUUGCCUUCGCUUGGAUUAUCAUCCGACGGUGCUGCCGGCCCAAGUCCAGCUCUGGCUGCAAAACCUGAAGGCAGAGAGCGAGGCCCAUGAUGCAAUUGUCCCAACGCCUUUGUCGGAUGUGGAGCAGGACAUCUUGCGGGUCCUUGAGCAGGAGCUUGAUGUGGCCGUCACACCGAUCUUGCAGGACUCCGUGCUGACCCUCCACCUGGUGUUGGGCAAGACGGUUCUGCAGGUCAUGGAUGCCUACGAUGACUAUUAUGUUACACCCGCCAUGGGGGGACAGCGCCUCGUGCGCGCAGAGACGAAGCUGCUGCAGCGUCUGAUUUGGCGCCGGGGCUGGAGACUUCUGACCCUCGACGCUGAGGAGUGGAAAAAACUCACAGACGACAUCUACAAGAAGGACCUGCUGGAAGAGCUCUUGAUCCACGGACAGCAC